UGUCUGUGGCGCGUGUCUGUGGCGGCGGCGGCCAGCUUUGUGGCUUUGUCAUUCAUUUUCACUUGACGGACGCUCAAUGAGCUUCUGGCGCAGUGGCGUCUAGGAUCCAUAAUGCCUCAGGCUAGGCCUUUGAUUUUUGCUGCACAGCCGAUCGUCGUAUCGAAUACGCAUUUUUAUUCGAUAUGCAGGCUGCAGGUUAUCCAGUUAUUUUGAAACUUGAAUGCUACUUUAAUCUGAUCAUAUCAGUUAAUCCGUCGGAUCGACUCCAACCGACUCAGUCCACGCGGCUGGGCAUCGUAUUCUGUACGCCGUACUCUUGAGCCCGGCGCCCGCGGACCGCAUGGCCUUCCAGCUCUCGCCUCCAAGCGAUGGCUGUCAGGAGUUUGGAUCGACCCCAGACUAGGCUGCAACAAGUUAGGCGGUGCAGCGUCGAAAGUUCCCCCUAGAAAGAGCCGCGAUUGGCCAAAAGGCCUCAAAAGUCGGUUCGAAAUUGACCUCCUUUCUUCUGGCCAUCGUAUCCAUCGCGUAUUCCCCAUUUCUCUUUCCUCCCCGUCAUUCCCUCCGAAACACCUCCCGGCUGUUCUCUUCCCCUGCGCGGAUAUAAGAAUCCAUUUGUUCUUGAGUUGACUGUUGUGUUGCUCAUUCAAUUCCUUCCAACUCCUCCUCCGGCCUGCGACAUUCCCGUCCCGCCUCUUUUUCCGCUUCACCCCUUUUCACGACAAAUUUCUCCCUAAAAAACACAUCUCAAUUCACAACAAUGGCUCCCUCAGCUCUCGAGAAGGAGGAUCACCAGCGCGAUGCUGAGUUCAACCGUGCCAUGCACGGUAACUCAGCCCAGGCCCAGGGUGGUUUCGCCGCCAUGCGCCAAAAGAGCGCCGCUGCUCAAAAGGCCGCUGUCGACGAGUACUUUAAGCACUGGGACAACAAAGCUGCUGAGACGGAAACAGAGGAGACCCGGGCUGCUCGUCGUGCCGAGUAUGCCACGUUGACAAGACACUACUACAACCUCGCCACUGAUCUCUACGAGUACGGCUGGGGUACAUCAUUCCACUUCUGCCGAUUCUCCCACGGAGAGCCCUUCUACCAGGCCAUUGCCCGUCACGAACACUACCUCGCCCACACAAUGGGCAUCAAGCCCGGAAUGAAGGUCCUUGAUGUCGGCUGCGGUGUCGGCGGCCCCGCGCGCGAGAUUGCCAAGUUCACUGACGCCAACGUGGUUGGGUUCAACAACAACGACUACCAGAUCCAGCGUGCGACCCGUUAUGCAGAGCGUGAAGGUCUGACCGACAAGCUGAGCUUCGUCAAGGGUGAUUUCAUGCAGAUGCAGUUCCCCGAUAACUCCUUUGAUGCCGUCUACGCCAUUGAGGCGACUGUUCACGCCCCCGAGCUCGUUGGUGUCUACAGCGAGAUUUUCCGUGUGUUGAAGCCCGGUGGUGUCUUUGGUGUCUACGAGUGGCUCAUGACCGACGAAUACGACAAUGACAACCCCGAGCACCGCCGCAUCCGUCUCGGUAUCGAGCAGGGAGACGGUAUCUCCAACAUGGUCAGGGUGUCUGAGGGUCUCAAGGCCAUCAAGGACGCCGGCUUCGAGCUUCUUCACAACGAGGAUCUGGCCGACCGAGCAGACACCAUCCCGUGGUACUACCCUCUUGCCGGUUCCUUCAAGCACAUGACAUCGCCCUGGGAUUUCUUCACCAUUGCCCGCAUGACAUGGUGGGGCCGUGGUCUCGUCCACCGCUUCGUGGGAGCCUUGGAGACCAUCAGAGUUAUCCCCCGAGGCACACAAAAGACUGCCGACAGUCUGGCUCUGGCCGCCGACUGCCUCGUCGCCGGAGGUGAGAAGAAGCUUUUCACCCCGAUGUACCUGAUGGUCGGCCGCAAGCCUGAGUAAAUCCGCCCCGCAACGAUAUAAACAUGACUAGUACCUGCAUCCUCCGCUUUAUGUGCAUGGCGGCUAUCACAUUUAAUACUCUUCACUUCUCAUUCGUUUUUUCUUCGCUCUUGUGUUUUUUCCUUAUUUCACUUAUUUGUCUCUUAUUGCAUACCGCCCCGGAUGCUUCUCCAUUCUGCCUUCAUGUACGAUUUAUUGAGCAUGCCGUCUAUGGUAAGACGAUUGUAUCUCUUAGAAUAAUAGAUCAGGGUUGAUUUUACCAGCUUCAUGGCUUGUCCAGGAAAUGUAUGGGCUUAGAGCCUUGCAUCGCUCACUAUCUGCUCGAUUAGGUCCUCACUUCCGUCCUUCCUUGGUGCUCACUGAUUUGCUUGCUCACAAGCAAACGUCCUUCACGCUGUUGGUACAAUUGGAAAAAGUAGCAAUCAAUUGGCUUAGGGCUAUGGGAUUGACUAUAUAAUGGUUAUCGAGCAAGUUGCUCGCUUAUUUGGUCGCUCACUUAGGUACUCAUCAGGUUCAUAUUCAUGGCUCUUAUUGUCUUUAGUGCUUGGAUCAAGAAACAUGUUCUUGUGGUAGGAUUAGAACAUGUGUAAGAAUAUGCACUGGAUAAAGCCCAUAAGCUUGGGGGGUCUUGGAUUCAGACGGAGGAUGCGGUUAUAUAUACUGGCAUCCACUCCCGCCUUGCUGCAUUCAACAAACAACUCAAGUCGGUUUAGAUACCUCAUACACGCUAAACUACCUU